AUGUCUAACAAACGUAAACAUAACACUUUGACUCUUAAAGAUAAGCUGGAAACUUUAAAACGUUUGGAUAAUGGUGAAAGUGUGACUAAACUAGCGAAAGAGCUGAACGUUGGCAAAGCUACAAUUUGCGACUGGAAAAAAAACCGUGCGAAACUUCAACAAUAUUGCACAACGUCUUCAGAGGUAACCCUUGAAAAUCGGCAAACGGCGCGACAGUCGCAGUAUGAUAAAGUUGACGAAGCGCUUUUUCUGUGGUUCUCGCAAGAAAGGGAAAGGGGAACCCCUUUAAGUGGACCUAUCGUUCAAGAAAAGGCAAUUCAGUUGAACAAUCUGUUAAAUGGCGACAGUUCCUUCACAGCCAGCACCGGUUGGUUUGACCGGUGGAAAAAACGUCAUGGUAUUCGGCAGCUAACUGUCACCGGUGAACAACUUUCCUCAGAUCAGGCUGCAGCGCAGGAAUACCUUGCUUCAUUUGACAAUUUAAUAAGCGAAGGAAAUUAUUCCCCCCAACAGAUAUAUAACGCCGACGAAACCGGCCUAAAUUUUAGAGCACUGCCAACUAAAAGCUUGGCCUCUAAAUCAGAAAGUCGUGCUCCUGGUUUUAAAAUGUGUAAGGACCGAGUAACCAUUAUGGCUUGUUCCAAUGCUGCUGGUAACCAUAAGCUUCCUCUUAUGAUGAUAGGCAAAGCUGCUAAGCCUCGAGCCUUCAAGCAUAUAAACAUGAAGUCACUUCCAGUGUAUUACAGGAACCAGAAGAGAGGCUGGAUGGACGGGAAACUGUUUAAAGAAUGGUUCCAUGACCAAUUCGUACCAUCUGUUAAACGGUUUAGCCAAGAAAAUGACAUUCCCCCACGUGCUAUUCUUUUGCUAGAUAAUGCACCGUCCCACCCAGAUGUCGACGAACUAACAUGUGGCGAAAUAAAGGCAGCCUUUUUACCUCCAAAUGUGACGCCAUUAUUGCAACCAAUGGACCAGGGGGUUUUGCAGGCUCUGAAGCUUAAGUAUCGCAAACACUUUUUAAAGUCCCUAAUUGAAGAUGAUACAAUUCCCUUGGUUCAAAAAAUUAAACAAACGAACGUAAAGGAUGUUGUGUAUUGGGCAGCUGAAUCUUGGGAAAAUGUGACAACUGGGGCGAUAAGAAAAUCGUGGAAAAAGUUGUGGAAAUCGUUAGAUUUUGAAGAAACCCCUACCGAAAAUGACCCAGUUAACUUAUUACCAAUGAUUCGAAACAUUCCCGGCUGUGAAAACGCGGAAGAAGAGGACGUGGAUGAAUGGAUGGCGGCAGACGGUACUAGUGCAGAGACUCAGACUGACGAUGACAUCGUAGCAGCAGUGACGCAAGAUCAUGUUCAGGGAGACGAGGGGGAGGGUAGUGAUGACGAGCCAGGGGGCGGGGGAGGAGAGGAGAAAGUGACUCACAAUGAGGCAGCUGCAGCGCUUGACCUUGCCCUUCGCUGUUGUUAG